UGACUCGCUCCGGGGCAGCGCCGCCCGGAGCCGCCGGCGCCUCGUCAUGUCCACCGAGGACGAGCGGGCCCGGGAGAUCCUGAGGGGCUUCAAGCUAAAUUGGAUGAACCUCCGGGAUGCCGAGACAGGGAAGAUCCUGUGGCAGGGGACAGAGGACCUGUCUGUCCCUGGGGUGGAGCAUGAAGCCCGUGUCCCCAAGAAAAUCCUCAAGUGUAAGGCAGUGUCUCGGGAGUUGAACUUUUCUUCAGCAGAGCAGAUGGAAAAAUUCCGCUUGGAACAAAAAGUGUAUUUUAAAGGGCAGUGCCUAGAAGAGUGGUUCUUCGAAUUCGGCUUCGUGAUUCCUAAUUCCACAAACACCUGGCAGUCCUUGAUAGAGGCAGCGCCAGAGUCCCAGAUGAUGCCAGCAAACGUCUUAACUGGGAAUGUAAUCAUAGAGACCAAGUUCUUUGACGACGACCUCCUCGUCAGCACGUCCAGAGUGAGACUUUUCUACGUCUGAGAGAAGGGUGUGUGUGUAUUUCCAGGAUUGGGGUUUGGGUUUUGGUUUUUGGGGUGGGGGGAGGGAAGGGAUCUGUUUUACUUUCCUCCACACCCCCUUUUCUGGCACCACCACCUCUGACUCCCUCUGGCACACAAGACCUGCUCCCCCGACUGACCGGCUCUGUGGAGGCAGCCAGCUGGUCUUUUCCCACCUGGUGACCAGCCUCCACUGACCAGCCCACCCCCCCCCAAACAGGACAAGGAGGGGAGCCGAGAGCCCUGUCCAGUUGUAGAUACAGUUGUAUGAACACUGACCAGGAACCUGCCUUGUGAAUGGCAUCCUCCCACUCUGGCUCCCCUCAGUCCCAUUGGCGCCCCUUCUUUCUUGGCCUCUGCUUUUGGAUAGAAUUCAUUUUCCAGCCCCAUGUUUAGUUUUCAUUGUUUCAUAUGUCUUCAUACACUUGUAAAAUAGACUGUGAUAUUAUUACGUAAUGUAAUUAAAACCAAUUUAUGAAUUAAAACAUUCCUAUAGUCCUCA